GGAAAUCACCAACAAAUAGGCAACGGUCAACGGCGUUGCCAAUUCUUUUUCCCAGAUCCUCACGCCGCCGCCUUCUCUCCCCCCAUUUCAAGCUUCGAACCCCCAAAUUCCAUUUCCCUCGACGUGACCGCACUUCGCCUUCCUCCUCCUCUUCCUCUGCUCCCAUGGAUAGCCGCCGAUCCAAGUCCACCAGCGGCGGCAACUUGCAGAUCGAGGGCUACGGCAGUCGGGAGGCGGCGCCGCCGCCCUCCGGCCUCUACGACUACAGGAGCUACAGCACCUACUCCUACAGCGGCUACGGUUCCAAAGGGGUGAAGGAGAAGGCUGUCUCCUCUUCCUCUGCCGCUUCCUCUUCCUCUUCCUCUUCCAAGAAGAGCAGGUGGGCCCUGAGCGACCCCGAUUUCCAGCGGAGGAAGCGCGUCGCAAGCUACAAGGCCUACGCCGUGGAAGGCAGGAUGAAGGGCUCCUUGCGGAGGAGCUUCCGCUGGUUCAAGGAUCGUUACAACAAGAUGCUGUAUAGCUGGUGGUGAUCCCUCCUCUCCAGGGGCAGACCACUGUUGCUCAGAGCUUUCUGAAAGUAAUUGGAAUUGAAAGAAAAGUCCUAUACUUGUUUUCUUGUAGAUUCCUAUUAAGAUGCUACUAAAAAGUAAUAAUGUGUUUUUCAUGUUGUGCAAGUGUUUUCUGGAGAUGGUGAACGCUUGUUGCUGGUCUUCACAAUUUGUGAAAGUUGAGUAAACGCCAAAGUUAUUGUUUUGGGAUCA